AUAGCUUCAAUCGGUGCUUCAAUCGGUGCUGCCUGCUACACGAUCGAUCGGUGCUGCUCUCCACUGCUUCGAUCGAUGCUGCUUCGAUCAGUGCUGCUCUCCACUGCUACACGAUCGAUCGGUGCUCCUCUCCACUGCUACACGACCGAUUUGGUGCUGCUCUCCAUUGCUGCUCUCCACUGCUACACGAUCGGUACUGUUCUCCAGUGCUACACUCCAAGGCUUCGAGUUUUCGCUACUUGUACACCAUUGUUGUUGCUGGACUGA